AUGACGCCACCGCAUCUCAAGCCGAAGAAGUUGGAAGUGGUUUCCAAACAAGCAACAAAGGUCACCGCGUUAUCAACUAAGCUCGAGUGGAAGAUCGAUCAGUUCGAGAAGCUGAUGAAACUGUUCAAAAAUGGCCAAAAUCUGAUUAGUAGGCAGUUUGGUGUGCCUCAAGCUCCAACGGUAUGCUGGGAACUCCAUGUGUAUCCUAACGGAAAACGAGAAGAGGAUAUGAAUAAUGUAUCAUUCUUUCUGCGCCAAGUGGGAUUGCAGCGUGGUGAGGAGCCAAUAAUGACAGAAUUUCAAAUCUAUGCUCUAGACGUGAGCUCUCAGCGAGUUAGCGUGUGUCGAGACACGAAGGAUUUCACAAAUCAGCAGGGCAGAGGGAAAUUCCAGGUAUCGCGGGAUAAAAUGGCAGGUGCACUAAGAGCUGAUGGCUCACUGCUGUUGAUAUGCGAGGUUGAAUAUUUCACUCCUGGAUCGAAGAUCUCUGUGGAACCUGCCGACGACGAGGAGUGCACUUUAGAGGAUGUUGAUGAAAAGGUGGAAAUGAGCAUACGGGAGAGUAAUCGUGAGAUGUGGGAAUCGGAACUGUUCACUGAUUGUGUAAUCAAAGUUGGCAGCAAAGAAAUAAAGGCCCACCGAUGUGUUUUGGGGCAGCAUUCCCCUGUUUUUCGUUCAAUGUUCAAUAACGAGUCAAUGAUUGAGGCCAGGGAAGGCAUAAUCGACAUACAGGACGCUAAAUACGAAUCGGUUCGAGCAAUGGUAGAAUUUAUGUACACUGGAUCUAUGGAUACCGUGGAUUCUAAUUCAGUCGACGAAGUACUAGCAAUAGCUGAUAAAUACGAAGUGCUUCCUCUGAAAGAACAGUGUGAACGGAUAAUUUCAAAUACAAUAACGCAGAAGAAUAUCACCUCCAUCGCUGUCUUUGCAGACACUUACACUGCCACAUUGCUAAAACAGGCUGUCAUACGAUAUCUUACGGUUCACCAUAAAAACAUCAUUCGUACACCAGAAUGGAGAGCUAUGAAAAAG